AUGAGUACAAUUUCUACCCAGAUCAAAUAUCUUAGCCAAACAGCGACGACAGACAAAGAUGUCGUGAAUCCGAAGCUCUCUUUUCACGAGCGCAAACUUGCAUACCGGUCCCGGCCUGAGGCGGACUAUGAGCGACCAAGGGUCAAAGUGUCGUCCAUGCGUGGCAAAGAGGACGACUUUAGUCUGCAAGAUCAAGGGUUCCAAGUGUCAACUCUACAUACAAAGUGCACCAACUUUCACGAUCCAGAGACAGUGAAGCAGACCUUCUACCCCGAGGUUGUGGCUCUGCUCAAAAAGGUCGCCGGAGCCAAGUUUGUCCGCCCGUACGAUCAUACUCUCCGCUACCAGACAGAGGCCGAUUCACUGGCGGCGCCACCAGACAACACGACAGCCGACAUCCAUGGACCGGCAAGAAUUGUCCACGUUGACGACACCCCGAAGAAUGCCCAUCGUAUGAAGGAGGAAGAUUUAAGUGAAGUGGAACUUGCCCAAUGGGGCGGAGUUCCAUUUGCCAUCAUGAAUGUGUGGAAACCUCUUAAGCCAGUCCGACGCGAUCCAUUGGCAUUGAUCGACGCACGGACGAUAUGCAACGAUGAUCGUCUCGCUCAGCCAUUGCCUGCGCCGGAUACCUUCGGUGGCGACUGGGAAGUGUUCCUGCUCAGGUGGAAUACCAGCCACAAGUGGUGGUACCUGCAAGCUCAGGAGACGCACGAAGCAUUGGUAUUUAAGAUGUACGAUAGUAGAGAAGAGGAUGGCUUUAUGGGUGCGGCACACGUCUCUGUCGAGGAACCGGGUACUGAACACAUCCGCGAAGCGCGUGAAAGUAUAGAAGUGAGGAGUCUGGUCUUCUUUUAG